CCAAAUAAUUCUAUUUUUGGUGUGAUUUUCGUGAUAUAUUUUGGUUCAAGUGCAUCGAAAAGUGUUUGUGAUUAUCAUGAGUUGCAACAAGUCCUUCUGCUUCCUCCUGCGUUGCGGUCAGACGUCGCGAUUGCUGACCAGGAGUGCCAGCAAGACUCUUGGGGCGCUCGGAAGGAUGGCUGGAAGUGGCUGGCAAAUGCCUGGCAAUUCCGUCACACAUCGAUGGAUAGGAAGUGACGCUGCGAGGAAUCUCAGUGCCGAGGAGGCGAGUGAGUUUGUGGACAACUUGUCCGCGGACGAGAGGGAGAAUCUCAAGAAUGCUCUCGCCCAGUAUGAGUCAUCGUCCAGGCGCAAGUUUGAAGGACCUCAACUGGGCACUGCUCGCUGGCGAAGUGGCAGAAUGCGGAGGAUAUCGCCGGAUGCAACAGGCCGGACUGGAGACGAAAUCGGGUCGCACUGUAAAUUGCCCGAAGACUAUCUGCAGAAGAAAUUGGAGGAAGUAAAGUCACCUCCAACCAGUAGUCAGAAAAUGCAGUUGGUCUUAGUGAAUGGAUUGCCGUUUAUUGGAUUUGGUUUUCUUGACAAUUUCAUGAUGAUCGUUUGCGGGGACUACAUUGAACAAACACUGGGUGGUUACAUGUGUCUCUCGACCAUGGCGGCAGCUGGAUUGGGGAACACGAUCAGCGAUGUUGCGGGCUUGGGUUCUGCCGUCUACGUGGAGCGACUGUGCGAGAGUCUUGGGUUCAAAGUUCCGCCGCUGUCGAAAUUCCAGAUGGAGAUGAAGGAGAGUCGCCGCAGCGCGAGUCUGGGACGAAUAUUGGGAAUAACAAUUGGUUGUCUCAUUGGAAUGGUUCCGCUGCUCUUUAUCGACACAGAGAAGAAACACGACGAGGUGAAAACAGAUGGAAAGGAUCAUUGAAAAACUGCCAUGGAAAUGAAGCAAGUAAAUCUUGUAGCAAAGCAUAUAUCAAUUAGAAGAGAAAUCAAAUAAUUUGGUUGUGCUAGAGCACAGGUAAAAAAAAUGGCCAAGAUUAGAAAAGAGAGAUCAAAAAGCAAAAAUCAUUAUAAAUGUUGUGACAAAUUCUACCUAGAGAGAUUUUAGUAGGAUACAAAGCUUUAACGAAAAUGUACACUCAAAAACUCACAACCAGUGACGAGAUAAUUCUUCCAAGCGACUUGCGUAAUCUCUAAACGAAUUUGUUUAUGUUCGACGUUUGUAUUUCAUACGGUGCUAUUCUUGAAUGGUCUCUACACUCUUCACUGUAAAUAAGUUGGUUUCCUUUCUUGCCUAAACUCAUAUCUUAUGCUGGAAUUGCAUUCUAUUGAAAACUAUGCAGGACGAUAAUCAAAUAGUGUUCUAAGAUAUUUAGGCGGUAGAGCAAAAAGGAAUGUAGUUGACUCAUUUUAGGUAUAAAGAUGCAUAUUUAUGUAUAUUUAGGGAAAUUACUACAUUAACUACUUCUAUGUGAUAAAAUUGAGGAAGAAAAUGAUUUUAGGGUAUUAGAUUCAGUCAAUAAACUUAACGUUCUGUUCACUUAAUAUGAUAUCUAGUCGAUUCUUUUUCACUAAAAGACACUAAUUUUAACUCGAAUGAUCAUUUUCAUUGCUUUUAGUUACUUAUCAGCUGCUUUGCUAAGUGUAGAAAUAAUUUAUUAACUCACUAAGGAGAUGAAAUUCAAAUUGGGCCAUUUUAGAGCUUACACGGCAAAUUUGUAGGAUGGUUGCUAAGAAAAUGCCAUUUAAAUCGCCAGUAUUUUGAAAGUAUAAAAGACAAAGAGAUGUAGAAUCUUCAUAUACACACUUUUCCAUUGGAGGCACCCUUAUAAAUGAAAACAGGAUUGAAGGUCUUGCCAAGGAAUUGUAUUAUUAAAUGCUAUAUAUUGACCUAUAAAACUCUUCAUAUCUGUGUGAAUUUUCGAAGAAAAAAGUUUAGGACAUGUAUUGAAAAAUAUACACAUUGAAAGGUGAUGAUGAUGAUAUUGUCAGUGAAAGAAACACUUGGGAUUUUGACCAAUAUUUAUUUCGUAUUUUAAAAGAAAGUACUUACAAAAUGAAAGAAAUUUACCAACUAAGAACUCAUCUUAUGAUGUAAUCUGUCCCGAAUCAUCCAAAAAUAAAGUCUUCUAUGUUUUUGAACAUUUACUAUUGGCUUAAUUUUUUCCUCUAAAAUUCUAACUCAGGUUGUUUUUUAUCUUAGAGUCCUUAGAAUGAAUAAAACUGAGAUUUUGCUCAGAUACAGUUUAAAUCUUUAUAUUAUUAUUAUUAUUAAAACUGUGAUGAACAUAUUUUAUGCGCACUUUCAAAACAUGCUUUCAAUUACUCUAAAAAAAAUACUUUUUCACAGGGCUGCUUCUGAAUUUUUGCAUUUAUUUUUCUUUAAAAAUCAAAAGAUAACAAUUAUAAACUUACAACCAAAUUAAAAAUAGUAGAAUAACGCUAGAGAUUGCAAAGGAAAUGACAGGAUCCUUAGACAGAACGUAGAAGAAUAUGUAAGCAAAUGCAUAGAUUACACCAAAUCCAAAGUAAUACCCAAUUUCGAAUCUGAAAGACAAACAAUAAAUACGAUUUUAAUUAGUUCACAGCAGAUCUUGGUUUAAUUUUGCCGCACAA